UACAUUGUGAAUGAAUUGAGUCGACGGCAAGCACAUCGGGACGACACGGAUCGAAGGAUUUCGGAAAAUGAAAUACAGAGGGACACAAAGUGGAUCGGGAUGCACAUGGACAAGUGCGAGGAAUUGGGUGUGAGUUGGCCGCCAGAUGUGCCAGAGGUUUUGGAAAACAAUGCUUGGUUGAAGACAGCCCCCCCGAGAGAGAAGGAAAUUGUUUGUUUGGCUGCCUUAGAAAAAGGGGCUACAUGGGUCGAUUCCAGCCAAAACAUCACCCGUGCCAGAAAUUCAACAAAAAAGUCUGCCCCCACAGUGUUGCCGGGGUGCCGUUUGUGGUCUUUUCAGGUUGGCCGCUACAUGACUGGCCGUGAUUUAAUGCGGCUCCAAGGUUACCCAAUUGAGUCCCUACCGGACAGUGCCAAGUGGAGUGAUCACCAGUGUGCCGACUUGGCGGGGAAUGCUUUCUCGUCAUCGGUGAGUUGCGCAGUUGACGUUGCUGUCCUUUUGUCAGCAAAGCGGGCAGAAACCCCGCCAUGCAACAUGAUGAGGUUCCUUGAUGGCAUGAAUGAGCCACAGGCCUCUGAAGAAAUGCCAGAGGAAAAUUGGGAAUUCGAGCUCUGAACAAUCAUGAAAUAGGUUGACGCCCGCACAGACAGGAUGUAAAAUCCUCCUUGACUUCAUUUUGACGUCAACCCCGGAUAGGUUCAGUUUGCGGCGACUCUAACCAGGGACUAAGGCGCAUCAACAGUUGGAAAA